AUGUUUCCGGGUGCCCACGGCCGAGACGUUUAUGCUUGGGUAAUCAAACCGUCCUUCUUCGCCCCCGACCAGAAGUACCCAUUGGCCUACCUCAUUCACGACGGCCCUCAUGAGAGCUGGAAUCGAGCCUGGAGCGUCCGACGUAAUCUCGCCCUCCUUGCUGAACAGGGGUAUAUUGUUGUUGCGCCGAAUAUUGCAGGGAGUACUGGGUAUGGCCAGGUUUUCGCGGAUGCGACCCGGUAUUCAUACGCUGGUGCACCGUAUACGGAUCUAGAGCGGUGCAUUGAGUAUGUGGAGGAGCACCUGAGAUACAUCUACAUGUCGCGCGCCGUGGCCUUGGGGCUCGGUUCGUACGGUGGGUACCUUGUGGAUUGGCUGCAGGGCCAUGAGUUGGGUCGACGAUUCCGGAGCCUGGUCUCUGAUAACGGGAUCUUCAGCUUGAUGACCCAUCUAUCGGCUCCCGUUCGCCAUCCAAUCUUCCAUGAACUAAGAGGCGCGCCAUGGGAUAAUCCCGAUGAGUGGAAAAGGUGGAAUCCUGCGAGCCCUGAGUAUCUAGGGAACUGGAGAACGCCGCAGUUGAUUAUUCCUGGCGAGCGAAAUAGGCUGGUUCCGAUUUCUGAAGCCAGGGCUGCGUAUAACGCUCUGCGCGGACGUGGAAUCGAGUGCUCUCUGCUUGUACUCAAGGGCGAGGGUGGGAGUGAAGGAACGGAGCCUGAGGAUGUGGUUCUGUGGUAUCGAGCUGUUUUGGAUUGGAUGGAGCGGUUUACAAAGGGCUGA